AUGAGCUACUUCCUCUCCUACUGCAAAGCGCACUGCACCGCCGUGCUUGCCCAGUACCAGACCCUGAGAUCAGAGGGCUUUCUGUGCGAUAUUUUGCUGAAAGUGAAGGAAAAUGAGUUUCCUGCACACAAGUCCUUGUUGGCGUGCUCCAGCGACUAUUUCCGAGCCAUGUUCAAAAGUUAUACCCGAGAAUCUAAAGCCAGUGUAAUUCACCUGCAAGUCGUCUCACCCACCGGUCUCCAGCACAUCCUGGAUUUCAUUUACACUUCCUUGUUGCCCCUUUCCUUUGAAAGCCUGGAGGAUACCUUGGAAGCUGCAAGCUACUUGCAAGUGACUGAUGCUAUUGGCUUGUGCAAUCAGUACUUAGUUAACAAUCUUGCCUUAGAAAACUGCUGCUUCUCUGCCAACGUGGCCAGGAAGUUCUACCUGCCCGAUGCCUUAGCAGCAACAGAAAAAUACAUUGUCAAUAAUCUCUGGAAGCUGCUGGACUUGGAUUUGACAGGCCUGCUCGAGCUGAACUUCAGGUCUUUGCUAGCAGUGGUUGAAUCCCCAGAUCUCCCCAUGGUGAAAGAAACCCGCCUGCUGAAUCUUGUGCUGCUGUGGCUGAAGCAGGAUAAAUCCAGGCUGGCUCACGCAAGCAGCCUUUUAGAGCACAUAAGGUAUGGCCUCAUCCCGGUGGAAGACCUGAGGAAAACCUACACACAGUCAGAAGUGCCCCUCUGUGCAGGUAUUAAGUGCUUGAUCAUUAAAGCAAUAAAUUACCAUACAUCUGUUUUCAAACAGCCUGUCCUUCAGGAUAAGUCCACCACGCUGAGGAACCAGAAAACUCGGAUCAUUCUGCUGGGCGGAGGUACAACAAGCGAGGGGCUCAUCACCGAUGUGGUGGCCUUUGACGUUUACAAUCACAAAUGGCGAGCUCUCACGCAGGUGCGGGACAGGGUGCAGAACCACAGCGUGUGUGUGGUGGGGAACUUCCUCUAUGUCUUGGGUGGGGAAAUAGAAAGUGGUGCCCCGGCUGAUGCUAAAACUGAAGCAAUCUUAUCGGUUACGAACAAGGUCCAUCGUUAUGAUCCAAGAUUUAACACGUGGACCCAAAUCACAGGCAUGUUAGAAAAGAGAUGCCAGUUUUCUUGCUGUGUCCUAGGCAAGGAUAUCUUUGCCAUUGGUGGAAGGGGUGAGGAUGGGUCUCUGCAUUCAUCUGUGGAAGUCUACAACAUCAGCAGGGACAGAUGGACGAAGGCCAGGGAAUUGCCAUGCAAGAUACAUGGCCAUGCCAGUGCCAUUUGCAAGAACACUAUAUACAUCUCAGGCGGCAAGUACUCGGACCCAGCUGACACAAGCAAGGACGUAUAUUCUCUGAGCUCACUUGAAGGGCAGUGGAUGAAACAAGCCCCCAUGAGCAUUGCUCGGUUUGGGCAUCAGAUGGCAACAAUCAGAGAAGCCAUAUUCACCUUUUUAGGAUUAUAUGAACCAUUCUCUGAAAUAGAGAGAUACGACCCUGAUCAAAACCAAUGGACUCGGUUAAGGCCAUUGACCUAUGAUCGAUUUUGCUAUGGCCUGGCAGUGGUAGAGGAAACGGCUCUUCUUAUCGGGGGAAAGAAAUGGCAAAACUCACGGGAAGUCCCCACGCAAGAUGUGGUUGGCUACGACAUUGACAACGAUGGCUGGGAAGAGAUCUGCAAAGCCCCCUUGCCUUGGUGUGGGCUGCAGUGUGCGGUGCUGCAACUCUCUGAACUGGCCGAUGAGCAGGAUGGCGACAGCCAGCAGAAGAGGCUGCCGAACUACUGAGCUCAUGUGCUGCGGAAUAAUCAUCCCAGGAGAUGAGCC